AUGAUGAUGACUGAAGUGAAUGGAGUCAAUGAACGAGGGAUGCAUGGCUCUAAUGAGGUAGCGGGACCUCCUACCAUUCCUUACAAGCUGCUACUGGGUCGCAUGAUUCAGGAAGCUUACUCGGAACUGACAACAUUAACUACUUCGCUACCAACAAGGUCAUCUGACGAGAAAAAGCAAAAGAUACUAGAGUACUGCAAGUCAACGCGUGAACAAUUCAUUCGCCUACUCGUCUUGCUGAAUUGGGGUGCUAAAGAGGCUCAAGAUGUCAACAGAGCUCUGGAAGCAAUUCGAUUCAUCCAAGAGCAAGAUGCCUGCUUUACUGCAGCUGCUGAUGAGUUGUAUCAUCUACGACACUCUAUAUUGGCUCAAACUACAACACCUGCUUUUGAUGUACACACUGCGGUCGAUGUGUUGACCACUGGAGAGUACAGGCGUCUUCCUUCGAUCAUCAAGUCGGUAAUCCCUCUCCCGCCUUUAUCACAGUCGGAAAUACAAGACACCAUCGCGCAAUUAGAAGACGUGAUUCGAAUGCGCCUCUUGUGUGAUGAGGUGGUGCCUGUUCCCAUGAGAGUACUCUCGAGAAUAGGCAAUCCGCAAUCACUGAUUCCAGAGAAGGGAUCUGUGAUAUUCAGAGUCAAGGAUGAGUUUGAAAUCACCUUGUCUUUACCAGGAUCAGAAACGAAUACUCCAUGGCGAUUACUAGACUUGAAAUUUUUGGCUCAGGCCGUCUCAGAUACAUAUGAGAAUGUCCGGCCUACAUGGAAGGAGCAUCAAAUGACCAAAAUUGGAGAAAUCACUCAAAAAAUGUUGUACGAUGCUGCCGUAAGGUCUGGAUGGCCUCCUGCUACAGCAGCUGCAACAGUCGAAGCAGGAACUCGAUGGCCUCUAGUUGCCGCAUACGAGUAUCUCCAUGCAGUGUGUCUGGGGUAUCAGUUAGAGAUACUGCAUCAACAGGCUCUCUUCCUCGCCAAAACUAGGUGGAAGGAUCAUCUACGAGUAAUAAUAGAUGACAAGCGACGGCUCAAGAUACCAUAUUGGGCAGGUGCCAGUACCACUUCGCUCGCACUAACACGAUCAUCCACUUUAUUGCAUUAUCUCGAAAUAUCGAUCGCCGAUACACCAAGUCUCUCGCAAGUACCUAAUUCUCAUAUAAUCACAGUGCCUCCGACAUCCACUGGUCCAUUCGACGAUUCAGUGCAUCCAGAUGUGCUGAAAUGUAUAACAUAUGGUGACGACACAUCGUCUAAAAAGAAGCUGAUGCGAGUCAGAUGCUUUUCGAAAGCCGACGCACCGAUAGAGACUCCCGAGAUUGAAUUGGUUGAUGUCUUGAAUGGCCAUCAACCAGUCAUAUUGGAUAUCGACUCGUCGAAACUGGAUGUAGAAAGCUUAUUGACCAAGGCAACAGAAUAUCAAGCUCGGGCCGUCAUCAAAAGGAUUUAUGAGAUAUUGGUUGGACCUGAUACGUUUGCAUUGGCACUAUCUCCCGCCAGUAACCGUAGCAGUAGUCACAGUAAUGUGGCGGCUCAAUAUGAGCAUCGUAAACGUAAAAGAUCGAUUGUAGAAGCUCUGUCAUAUUAUAGCCCGUCUGAUGUGACGAUACUCCCAUGGACUGCCACGCCGCCUGGGCUUGUUGUUCGCUUCAAAUCAAAUCAUGCAGUGCGAGUAGGAGUCGAUACAAAAACAGGACGAAUCGUAGUAUGCUCAGCAGAUGCCUACCUCUCUCUAUCGGACGACACGUCAUUAUCAGCAGCCUCAUCAAAUCCAGAUCGAAUACGGCAUGUCGAAGAACGUCUCAAUCAAAACAUAGACGAUGCCGUCGUAGCAUUACGUGAUUUAGGAUAUGCCACUUUGAUUGAUGCUGUUGAGGCAUCUGCAGGAUAUUUGUCUUUAGAAACACGCCGAGACCUGAAUUCUGCCAAUUUGGAAUCAUUAGGAACUCGUCAUGUUGUAUUUCUCAAAGUUGAUGGAUUUGAUAUAUGGUGGAUGGCUAUUGGUGUCUUGACUGGACUUGUUGAUGGAAGUGAUGAAACGGAUUAUGCUCGUAAGAGAAUAUUGGAUUCUGGAGAUGUGUUAAUGGAUGGAAGUGGGGAAGGGGGCAGUGGUGCUAGUGGUAGUAGAGAUAAAGUUGAUGAAGGAGGUCCAGGGUAUAAAGUUUGGAUGAUAUCUACCAAACCUGGACAACUUGUUGGAACUGCAGAGCUUGACUUUAUUGAAGUCUUGCCACCACCCACCCCACCCGCAGAUGCCACUGUCUUGCCCGAAGACUUGCUAUGGAAAUCCAUGACCACAGACACCAUAUCACGUUUAGCAUCAGCAUGUCACCGUCGAAUCUCCUUAUCUUCUGUAAGAAGUCAACUUCAAUCCCGAAGUAUUCCCUUCAAAUAUUACUUGCCACAUGCCUCACCACCCGUACUAUUAUCACCUUCUGAAUUACCAUAUGAAGAAUCAAAAGUGGGCAAUCACAGACCACGAAUAUGUAUAGACGGAGACUACUUUGCUGCGUUAUAUUAUGAUUGGGAUCCGUUAGAUGAUACGAUGGACGACACGACACCACCUGAUGAAUGUGGUAUUGGAAGUGUCUUUAUAUGGGUUGAAGCUGCACCUUCAUCUGGUUCUCGAGGUAGAGGAUCACGAGUAUGUGCUGUUGGACGAAUGAAACGAGGGUUUUUGCCUUCUAUAGCUCCACCUGUGAAUUCGGUUGAUGGAUGGGAGUAUGAUGCAAAUGAAGGGAUGGUCAAGUUUUUGUUUGAUCGUGUUGAUGGGACGGUUGCCUUGUUGUUGGAGGAGUGGAAGCAUAUUGCUAUCAUGGCUAGACUUGCUGCCCAAGCUCACACAUACCGGAGAUUUCUGAAUGCCUAUGGUGUUGCUGUUGUCCGUUAUGAUUUGUUGACGCUGCAUAUACGCUAUCAUGAGAAUCUACUAUUGGCUAUACAUUGGGAACGAAGCAGUGACACAAAACCACGAUACAAGACUACCCUGUCAACUGUCGAUGGCUCACCCAAUCCUCAUUCGAUAACACGAGUCUUCCUCGAAUCUAUACUAAACCAGAAGCAAGAUAUUCGAUAUCUUCUUGCCGUAGUAACGUCCACUACACAACUACUAAGUUGGCUGUCAGACUUUGAAACGCGUCGCAACCAGCCCAGUCCGUAUCAAUUCCAACCCGCUCGACGAAAUGUAAAUAUAAUAGCUCGCUCAGCCUUCCAAUUCCGAAUAGUUUAUCAGCCCAACUAUUGUGUUGAGAUAACCAUGAUGUUACCAUCAAAAGAAUACCGUAUAGUUGAUGCUGCUGUAUCGUAUUCGCCCACCACUCACGAACCGAGCAGUGGACCACCAAUAAUCCCCAAACCAGAUUUGACUACCGUUGCGGGAUUGGCCGUUCAACAUAUGGCUUUUCAACCUAUACACAUCUUUGCAAUUGAUUUGCAAGAUCAUUCAUGGGUUGUAAAUGGGGUCGAUGUGCCUGAAAAUAGUUGGGCGUUACCUGUGCCUGGGGGUAUCAUUGCUUCGAAUGGCUUGCUGCUGCAUGCGCUGAGGAAGGCGGAGGUGACUUUGGAAGCUUAUGCUUCUUUGACGUGGUUGUAUCAUGCAUUGACUAAGAUGAUGAGGUUACCUUCUGCAGACACCAGCCCCAUUCUGCAACUACAAUUUGGUGCUCCGAGGUCGUCCUCUGCCCUCUUUGCUACAAGGAAGACUGGAACUAGAGCUCAAAUAGGUUUGAAACGACCUGAUAUGAGCUGGACUGUGCAGCCAAAGUUUAUAGCUAAUACAUUGAAUAUGGAUGGAGUACGUGCUGAAGAGCUGGAUGAAAACGAGCUUGGUGGCAACCUUACCAACAAGCUUCAAGCAGUCCCAAGAGGAGAUUCACGAGUUCGCGGAUAUUUGGAAGUGGUUGCCAAACUAUUGUGUACUCCAGCAUAUGUCAUCAAGGACAUUUUCUGGUUGUUGAAACUAGAAAAGGUGCCAUUGGACAGUGCAAUGGAGUUUAGUGGUAGUCCUCAAAAAAUCAAAGUGGCCAAUGUUGAAUGGUGCUUUACUGUUCCUGAGGGAGCUCCAGCUCAUGUCGGUGCAGUUGGAGAGUGUGCUGUACAGAUUGAUUUGGAGAAGCAAGUGUUGAGGUGCUUAUUCAAGUUCUGGAAUAUCUCUGGAACAGCAUACGUGCCACUCUCAUAUUGGUAUGGAGCAACAGACACGACGUUACCUCAAAACACGGGUCUUUUGACAGUCUGGCGAGACAAUGACCCUGUAUUAUCCGAUUAUAACGGCGCACUUCAACAACAGCCACAUCCCGGCUUCCCAACACGAGCACCACCAUCGGAUUCACCAUUGUAUAAAGCAUUCAAAGAAGAAUCUGAUCGCAAGCCAUUUGUAGUGAAAUUUGUGGAUCAAGUGUCUACAGGACGUGUACCGGCCAACUUUGGAGGACCGGGCAAAUUGUAUCCUAUAGCGCAAUUGUUUUCGUCGCCUCGUGUGAAUAGGAUUGAGGAUUUGGGGCUGAUAUGA